AUGAAGACGGAGGUGAGUUUCUUGUGCAGCUAUGGUGGCCAGAUCAAGUUCCACGAUCGAAACAACCAAUACUGGUACGAAGGAGGCAAUAACAAGAAACUACACGUCCGCAGCAGCAUCAAUUUCAAUGACAUGAUCGCCAAGCUCUCCGCCAUCAGUGGCACCGCUGACGUGGCCUACUUCAAGUACCAGAUCCCAGGGUACGGCCUAGAAACCCUCCUCAGCAUCACCAACGACAGAGACCUCCGCAACCUGAUGCGGGACUUCGAUCCAAACACACCCAACGACGUCAAGCAUAUCUUCCUCUUCUCCGAGGAAAAUUCUUCACCCUCUCCUCCUCCUCAGCAAGUCGCUGAGAACGCAUCCGAGCUGGAAGCAGGUGCCGGUCCGCGUGUGGUUCACUGCUUGAUGCUUACAUCGGCCGGUUUACUCUUCACAGCGCAAAUCCAUUCGGUUAUGGUCAUUAACGACGGUCUCAAGAGUACUGGAACUAUCGCGGUUAAUGAUGAUCAAUCUGUCUCUGACAAAACUGUAAAAGUACCGCUUUGUCAGAGACAGAUUGAUCAUCAUUAA